GUGACCCCUGACCUCAUAAAGAGCCAGACCAUGAGUGCAGAGAACGGAAAUGGAGAGGAUGCCCAGACCAAACAAGCUAUUUACAGCAUACUUAAAGAAGGGUCUAUUGAGAGCGAGUCAGCCAUCAAACACAAAGCAAGCCUCAUUCAUGAAGGGUUCUGUGGGGUGAAGAUCUUAGUGACUGACAGCAAUAUGAAGACUGAACUGGAGCAGGCGUUCAACAAAAACACACAAUUACAGCAACUCCUGGACAAGGCCAAGAGAGAACUGCGGGAAAACCAGGACCA